UAAGCGCUGCGCGUCGUCAACGGGAUUAAAUGUCAUUGAUGGAAUUCCUCGUUUAAUCGCUAGAGAACUACUCUCGUUUAGCCAAUUCAAUGAAAGCCACAAACUUUCCGUCCCACUUAACGCGCUUUUUAUUUUUGGAACAGGCGGAAAAGGGUCCGAUUGUCUUCUAAAAAAAAGUUUUGAAUCUUCUUCAUCGUGCCGUGCAACUUGAGGGGCAAAAGUCAACCGUCAGAUCUAAGCAGCUUUGGGCCGUUGGAUAUAUAGAACUGUGUCGCUGAUUUGUCCGUUCAGGUCGCUUACCUACACAACCUGUUUGUCUGCUGAAACAACCUCACCUCUAUUAAGCACGCAAGUUGUUCUAAACCGCAGAGGUCCAGGAAAUACGUUUAAACUAUGAUAUAAUUAGUCUGGGUGCUUAUACAUAUUUGAAGGAGACACUAACUGCAUUGCUUGAAUUUCAGAGAGUCAUUUUCUUGGGAAAUCGGAAAGUGCUUUCCGAAAACAUUUGUACCCUCUACGACUCUCCGCGGGUCUGGUGCUGAUCUCCUGCAACAACAAAAAAACAUCAGUCCUGGAUGGGUCUCACUCAAGAAGAGGAAACUUAGCGAUUUUAGCACAGACCAGACACCGGACCACGCGUGCUGCAGGACGACCGGGAAUAAUGCAUAGAUGAAACCUCGUUUCAGUAACGCCGUUCUCGCACGGAAAAGGCGUCGCAGAAUCUCCGGGCGACAAUGUCUGACAACUUCACCGAUUUCGAAUUCAACAGCACGACGCAGCCGGUGGCAGCUGCCGUGGCUCCAGACUACAACUUUCCAGCUCUUAUAUUCGGGAUAUUGCUAAUCAUUGUGAUUAUCGGUGGAAAUGUGCUUGUGUGUCUUAGUGUUUACAUGGAAAAAGCUUUAAAAACUACAACAAACUAUUUCAUUGUGAGUUUGGCUGUUGCGGACCUACUCUUGGCAGUGCUGGUGCUACCACUGUUCGUGUUCGCAGAGUUCCAGGGUGGCGUGUGGUCCCUGAACAUGAUGCUGUGUGACGGUCUGAUGUCCAUGGAUGUGAUGCUGUAUGUUGUGUUCAGUUCCAGGGUGGCGUGUGGUCCCUGAACAUGAUGCUGUGUGACGGUCUG